AAACACCGCUCACCGCUCCGGUCUCUCUAGUCUCUGCUUUAAAAACCCUUCCCUUGCCUGACUCAUGUGGCUUAUAUCUGCUACUCUUUAUCUCAUACGCAGCAACCAUCGAGGCAUCGAACCCACUAGCUAGUUAGCAAUGGCUUCUCAGAAAGCUAUCAACAAUAAAACCAACCGGGCUGGUCAAGGAGAUGCGGGAGAGCCGCAGGGUAGUAGAAAGAUUGAGGUGCAUCCUGAGCAAGAAAAAGUGCCAUAUGUCACCAACAAAUGUGAUGCAGCAGCUGAUACACCCGAUACAGAGAGAGAAUCUCAAGCUGAGAAAGAACAGCCCACGCUGGAGGAGAUGGGCAAGUACCGAGCGAUAGCCCAACAGAGUUCCAUAGAUGCGAUCAGGAGAGCAGAGGAGCGAUAUGAAAAGGCGAAGGCAUCGGCUGCGCCUGCGGCGGGACUAGAAGCAGAAGGAACCAAGGAGUCCUCCUCUACAGGGGACGCCACUUCUUAUGUGGCGGAGAAGGGUGCCAAAGCCAUGGACACAGUCAAGCAAGGAGUUCAAAGUGCUGCAAAAUAUGCAUCGAGUAAGGGUGGCGCUGCCAGGGACACAAUUCUGGAAAAAAACCAACAAGGCUAUGGUUAUGCCAGGGACAAGGCUCAGCAGGCCUAUGUUGCCACUAGGGAUACUAUGGCGAGGGGGGCUGGCCAAGCCAAGGACGCCACCGUCGAAGGCAGUAAGAAGGCAGCAGGGUACGCAGGCCAGAAAGCCGUGGAAGCGAAGGAUGCGGCCGUCAGAACAGGUUGGGCUGCAGCACACUACACAUCGGAGAAAGCUGCUGAGGCGGCAGAGGCAGCUGCAGCUUACACGGCCAAGAAAAAGGCCGAAGCCGACCCAACAACGAAAGAGCUCGGAGCGACGGCCAAUGGCGAAUGUUUGAGUGGUGGACAGGAUAUUAUUACAGAAUUUAAAGAAAAGAUAGCCAUCCAGAUAGGACCAACAUGAGAAAAACAGGGACUCGAUCAUAAUUAAAGAAGAAACAGGUUGAAGGUGGAGCUCGGAGUGACGGCCAAUGGCGAAUGUUUGAGUGGUGGCCAGGAUAUUAUUACAGAAUUUAAAGAAAAGAUAGCCAUCCAGAUAGGACCAACAUGAGACAAACAGGGACUCGAUCAUAAUUAAAGAAGAAACAGGUUGAAGGUGGAUUAU